UCACAGUUCCUGCUACACGUGGGCUGCCGAAUGGAGCCGGACACCAUGGUGCAGAUAUUCUACAAGGCCAGGGAGAACAUCAAUGCCAACAUCACAGGAAUGGGCCGCUUCAAUGCCAGCAUAGCCUUCUACACCUCCAGCAGUUUCUACUAUCAAAUUUACGACUCUCCAUAUGAGGUGAACCUGAAUCAGUUUCUGUACGUUCAGGUCGAGCUAAACAGGCAUGACAACAGUCUGGAUCUCUUCCUGGACACAUGUGUAGCGUCUCCAAAUCCCAAUGACUUCAAAGAUCGCUCCUAUGACCUGCUCCGUAACGGAUGUCACAGAGACAACACAUAUUAUUCCUACACCAGCGGUCAUCACUACUACGCUCGGUUCAGAUUCCAGGCUUUCAAGUUCCUCCGGACUCAUGCCUAUGUGUACCUGCAGUGUAAGGUGAUCAUCUGCCCCAAUAACGAUUACAACUCUCGCUGCCGGCAAGGCUGCCGCUUCCGUCGCAAGAGAUCCCUUGACAGCACCUACCACACCAAUACUGUGACGCUGGGGCCAAUCAAACUCAAAGGACAAAGGCAUGGUGUGAAGGAUUCAGAGAAGUCAAAGGAAUGAACUGGAAUGGAAGGAAUUAAUAAAUCAUCUACUUGAUCAUCAGCUUUAUCAUUACUAUUAAUCAAUCUUUAUUAACCACCCAGCAAAUGAACUGAAACACAAAUUGUAUUUCUGCAAUUCAAUAAAGCAUUUCUA